CUGGUGGCACCGCCCCCUCCGGAGUGCGCAUGUGUCGUGCGGGCGGGACGGCGGAGGUGAGCGGGGACGGCGGAGGUUUCGUUCCAGAGAAGCCUUGUCCUGGUUUCUGUAUGAAUGUUCCAGGUUUAUUUCAGUUUGCAUUCUUACUGAGAGGGGUGCAAACACCAUCAUGGACACGGUGGGGUCUGAGGAAGCAGCAGCUCUCCCUGCCCAGCGUCCCCUUGCUUCAGGCAGCAAGGAAAAGGAACUCUUUGAAUCUCCUUGAAAUAAGUGAGGCAGAUUUAGAAGAACAGUUUGUAAGAGGUGAUGGCCCAGGAGGUCAAGCCACAAAUAAGACAAACAACUGUGUUGUUCUGAAGCAUAUUCCAUCUGGGAUUGUAGUGAAGUGUCAUCAGACAAGAUCAGUGGAGAAGAACAGAAAGAUUGCCAGAGAAAUCCUGCAGGAAAAAGUUGACCUUUUCUACAAAGGCGAAGACAGUGAUGUUUUUAAAGAGAAGAAAGCAUCAGAGAAGCAAAAGCAGGAGAAAAAAAGAAGAGCAAAGGAAAACCUAGAAAGGAAGAAGCUUUUUAAAGAGAUGCAACAAUUGGAUAAGGAAUAAACAUGUGAAAUACAGCCUUGCCCUAGCAGACACUCUCACCAGCUGCUACGAUGUUUUGGCCUUCAACAGAGACCCAAAGCCAGAGCAUGGAUUUUGAAGGCAACAGAGACUUCUAGAAUUUCACCUCCUUUUCCCAGUGACCAGCUGUACCCUGUGCCAUGGAUGGAGUGCUCCAGCAAUCUGCAGGGCCCCUUCCCUUGUCCCUUCCUAAACUCCUGCAUGAAGGUUAAAGUUUUCUCUGUUGACAGUUCUUGCUCCUGGAAUAUGAAUCUGAUUAAAGUGACUGUACAUAGUUUUAAUACAAACUGUUAAUGAAAAUAAGCUUUAUUACGUCAAGUAAUAAAUACAUACAAAGAUGCAAA